CAUAUCUCCGCCGUUUGUUCAUGAUGGCGAACUCCCCUCACGACCCUGCGUUAUUCCACCACAAGAAUACAUCCUACAUGUUCCCACCUUCAGAUCUAGACGAAUUCUCCCCCGCGCCGAGAAGGUACAAUUGUACCGUCUGCUCUACGUCCUUCCGGCGCCGUGAGCACUUUGAGCGUCAUCUCAGGAGCCAUUCUAAGCGCAAGGACUUCAAAUGUGAUCUUUGCGAUAAACGAUUCGCGCGGAGAGAUACAUUGCAACGCCAUUCAACACUUCAUGAGGUACCACACAAAGCUCAAAGAACGCUCCCGAGGGCACCCCAUGCUUGCUUCAACUGUGUCAAGUCAAAACAACGCUGUUCUGGAUCCUAUCCAUGUGAUCGCUGUAAUAAAAAAGGUUGGCCUUGCCAGUUUACUAAAGGCUCCAAGGAAGUGUCGCCGAAAGAACAGGAGAUCCUUCCGAAUACAACCGAACGAAGGACAAUUCAUCAAGAAUGUCAGAUCUCGGACCAUAACAGCCCUCCUGAGCCAUCGCUUGUAUGUGGGCUAUACCCGAUAAGCACAGUCCAGUCUGACCCUGGGAGUUCGGAUAAUGUCAACUUUACUGGCUGGCCAUGUGUGGAUCCUCCUUUCCCAAGCCAGGCUCGAGAACUCUCUCAAUCCACCGACGCCGCUCCUCUCUUGGAACCCUGUUCUUUUUGGCCUCUGGACGAUGUCUUUGGCUAUUCUGAUGUGGCUUCAUCUGGCAUCCCCGGUCUUCAUGCGCCUUUUGGUGUGGCAGAGACCGUGGAUCAACAAAUAAAAAUGUCAGUUGAGAAUGUCGCUUCUGUGGAGCUCCCGAAUUCUCAACAGAAGCAUUCGAGACGUGCCGAGGAGGUCCAUAAGCCCUCCUCCAAUGCCCAGUCAGAGAACUAUGUGUCACAAACCACCCUCACAGAAGAAGACCGCGACAUUUUGAUAUCUGAGGAUUACGGACAUGUCCCCAAGCCUUCUAUCUCAACCUACGAAAGGAUCAGUGCUCACUAUGCGGAAGUAAGUCGGUCUUCAUCAGAGGCCCUUCCAAGCUUGUAUUCAUUGGAUAUUCUACACGUAUGUACACAGCUGUACUUCGAACAUUUUCACCAAAGCUUUCCUAUUCUUCACCAACACACCUUCGAAGCCCGAAGCUCGUCAUGGCUCCUUUAUAUCGCCGUCGCUGCUGUGGGAAGCCAGUAUUCUCGACUUUCAAACCGGACUCGAAUUUUCUUCGACCUGGUGAAAGCAAUAAGAAUGUCUUUGCUUCGAAAGCUCAGCUCCGUUUCGUCACUUCAAAACAAUCUUGAACUUGCCCAGGCAACGCUGCUAUUCAACUUCUCUCUUCUCUUCAGCGGAACACGAGAGAAUUUAAUGCAUUUGCAAUACCAACGAAACCUGCUGGUCACGAUGUGUCGCCCCCUCCUCAUCCCCAGUGUUCUCUUCGCGAAGAGCAGCAUGUUAUCAAAUGGUAGUGUGGCCACCGGAAUCUGGACUCAAUGGAUCGCGACAGAAUCCUGGAAAAGACUAGUGUAUUUUACCUGGUUGAUCGAAUGCUUUCAACUAGUCUUAUUCGAUCUGCCCACUCUGAUUACGGUUGAUGACCUGCAUUUGGGCAUGCCCUGUAAGGAUGAACUUUGGCAGUCCGCAAGUUCCUAUAAUUGGGAGAUGGCUAGAGCCUCACAGAGAGAACUGACCGAAUGUCUCAGCGUCUCAUCCUUGCUUAAGACGAAAAUUGUUGAUCAGCACCGUAUCCGCUCAUUGAGUGGCUCGGCGCUUUGGAUAUUGGUAUUUGCGGUGUAUAUUGCAGAAAGGCACUCUACCAAACAGCCAACGUUAUAUCCUUAUCCGAGCAUGCAUAGUUUCUCAGAAACUUGGAACUUUUCUCUUGCGGGGGGCAUCGAUACUGGCGACCUUGAUAAGGAUAACGUUGAUGCGAUCCUUGGGAAUUUUCAGCAAGCUGUUUUGCGACACCUCCAAGUAUCACCUCUCCUUUUCAUCGUGGCGAAAUUUUCUCUCAUUCUUCGACUGCUUCGCUUUAUCCAAUACCGUCAUUUGUAUGUCUCUUCGGGGUGGAUGGCACAGCACCAGGAGGUUGGCGCUGCGGCGGAACAUAUCGCACAGUUACUUCAAGCAGAACCGAGACGGGCACGUCAAAGUCUCUUGCAUGCUGCCCAGUUGUUCCGAUUAAUUCGUUCACAGCAACAGUUUGACCCCUAUGACUCCUUCAUUUUGCUUAUGGCUGUCCUAUACAUCUGGAACUACGAUAGAUUCGUGGUCUCAGCCAAAACAAAAUACUCUUCUGGUGCUGACGCCGAGAACAUUCUUCGAAUCGACCAAAAUAUGAGCGAGGAUUUGCAGGAGAAAUGGAUCGCAGGCACAUUUGAACAGCAUAAGCAGCUUCAUAUCACUGGCCUUGGAGUGCUCAACGGCCAUGAUAGCGUGCCACGUACUUUUCGAGAAUCAAUGAGAAUCUUGAGCCAUGGGAAGGCUUGGUCAAGCCAGGCGAAUGCUAUCAAAUACGCACUCCGUCAAAUAUUGCUAGGU